UGUUUUAAAAAUAUAUUUUUUUUAAAUAUCAUUUUAAUAUUUUUUUAAAUAAAAAACAUUUUAAAAAAUAACUCCAAUCAUACCACAAAACACUCUCAACGUGGGAUCGAUGAACUGUUACUGAUCUGUUUAUGGGUACGUGGAGCAACUAGCUGAUGAUGAGAUCCACUUGUCUGCUCUUGCCUAUACUCCUACUUUGGCCACACCAACCAUGCCUUCGCUUUCUCAUUUUCCAUGUUUAACUAUGUAUUUCGAUUACUUCUAUAUUACCAAACUCGUACUAUAUAUAUAUAUAUAUAUAUAUAUAUGUUCUUAUAUCCUCUUCUUUUCAACUGAAAGAGUCAUCCUGUCCUGUCCAGCUACAUAUGCCGCAGUCCACUCCACACAAAUUAUCGAUUUUUCCCUUCUUUUCAGCCGAAAGAGUCAUCCUGUCCUGUCCAGGUACUGGACAAUUGUAAUGGUAACAACCGUAUAUAUGUUAGCGCAAAGAAGACUAUCAUUUCCUAGUUUCAGGUUAGUUCAUAUUUUCUUGAUUAUAUGUUCUCAUGCGCAGCUCAGCUCCAUUUAUGCAUCUUCCAAGGAAGUAUCAAGCAGUAUUAGUGUUUCGUGUUGUUUGAUUCGUGUCCAUGUGUACCCAAGCAAUUAUUAUUAACAAGUAAAGCUUCAUAAACUUAUAUCCAGUUGGCCGCUUCUGUAAGCAGUGAUAUAUAGCAUCGAUCUCUGACUGCUACGCCCAUGAAUGAGCCAGCUGAGACCUCCGUCAGGACGGACGGGGAAAACCUUGUAUACACUGUGGAUGAGGCUCUUGCUUCUGUGGGAUUUGGGAAAUUCCAAGGUCUCGUGCUUGUUUAUGCUGGACUUGCUUGGUUUGCAUACGCAAUGGAAGUUAUGAUUCUCUCUUUUGUGGGACCGGCGGUCAAGUCCCAGUGGGAUCUCUCAUCAAGCCAAGAGAGUCUGCUAUCAACUGCUGUUUUUGGUGGCAUGCUUAUUGGAUCAUUUUUUUGGGGACUCGUUUCAGAUCAUCAUGGAAGGAGGAAGGGUUUCCUAGGAGCAACUCUUCUGACUUGUGGAGCUGGAUUGUUGAGUGCUUUCUCCCCAAAUUAUGCAUCUCUGGUGAUUCUUCGUUGUUUGGUUGGCUCCGGGCUGGGUGGUGGAAGUGUAUUCAGCUCCUGGAUUCUAGAGUUUGUUCCUGCUUCACAUAGAGGAAAAAGGAUGCUUCUACUCUCAUGGUUCUGGGCAUUUGGGACAAUUUUUGAGGCUUUACUUGCAUGGAUGGUAAUGCCAAGGUUGAGUUGGAGAUGGCUACUCGCAGUAUCCUGUUUACCAGCAUUUGCCCUGCUUCUCUUUUAUUCUCAUGUACCAGAAUCUCCAAGGUAUCUAUGCAUGAAAGGCAGAAUAAAUGAUGCAUAUAAUAUUCUGGAGAAAAUAGCUCUGCUCAACCAAUCAAAACUCCCUCCCGGAGAGCUUGUUCCUGAUAGUACAAUUGGACUGGAUGAAGAAUCUGCAACAUCAGAAUAUACCCCUCUCCUCUCCACCACUGAAAAAAUGGAUUUGGAUUUUAGAUCAGGAUUCCAAUCAUUUCUUAUGCUUUUCUCAUCAAAACUAAUCCGAACAACACUUCUUCUCUGGGAGUUACUCUUUGGAAAUGUAUUCUCAUAUUAUGGUAUCAUAUUGCUGACUUCAGAGCUAAGUAGUGGGCAAAGCAGAUGUGGCUCAAAUCUCUUGAAAUCAGAAAAUCCUGACAGCCUCUACAUAAAUGUAUUUAUUUCUAAUUUGGCAGAGCUUCCUGGGAUUCUUUUGUCAGCAACUAUUGUAGAUAGAAUUGGCCGCAAGCUUACGGUAGCUUUUACGUUUGUCUUGGCUGGUAUCUUCCUUUUACCUCUGGUUUACCAUCAGUCUGCAACAUUAACGAUGUCAUUCUUGUUUGGAGCUCGAAUGAGUACCAAAGCAGCCUACUCAGUUGCUACAAUAUAUGUUCAGGAGUUAUAUCCGACAUCCGUCAGGGCAACAGGUGCUGGAGCUGCGAAUGCUGCGGGGAAGGUUGGUGGCAUGAUAUGUCCUCUUGUGGCGGUUGGCCUGGUGACUAGCUGCCAGAUUACAGAAGCCAUCAUCCUGUUUGAGGUCCUGAUGGCUAUUUCAGCAGUCUGUGUCAUGUUCAUCCCAGUUGAUACCAAGGGACAGAAAUUGUGCGACAGCAUAGAUGUAUCUGAUUCAAAACAGGUUGUCGUUGGGCAGUAAAUUCUACCCCUUCAACCAUUGUAGAAAAGAAAUGUAUUUUGAUUCCUUACAGUAGAUAAAUAUCUGCCAACUCAUUGCAUGCCCUAGGUUGAUUCUGACCCUAGCAGAACGCUGAUUGACAUAAUUUUCUUUUCCGAAGUUCAAGUCUCAGGAGUUGAAAAUGUUCAUCUCUUCUGCCGUUGAAUACCUUUUGAGCUAAAGCAGCAAAAACUGUCAUGACAAGUCUCCAAGGACUUGCGAUCCUGCUCUUCCGAGUUUCUUAAAUAUUGCAAAAGCAGUCGUCUAAAGAUCUUUGACUU